CAGAAGAAGAUGUUCAGGAGACUGUUAGAAAACUCCUACCAUGGUAAACUUCAUCUUCAGCUAAUCUUAAGCCAGAUCCUCUAUGCCAAUGCCAAUGAUAAGCCCUUCCACGCUAUCUCUGGCGCUCACGCAACGACGACCUACCUCAACAACAUCACAAACGCCGUCGGAAUCUUCAUGCGGGGUAUGAAUGAUAUUUUCAUCGUCGAUGAUGGUGAUACUGCUUUGAUUCAGGGCGGUAUCCUCAAUGGAGACGUCAUUGACUUCCUAUGGGCUCGUGACAAGCAAACAAUGACAACAGCAUGUGCCUGUGUAGGCUAUGUGUCCCCUAUCCUUGGUGGAGGUCACGGCUGGAAUCAGGGACGUUAUGGCCUAGCAUCCGAUCAGCUCAUUUCCGCGCGUAUGGUCCUAGCCAAUGGUACCGCCAUCACUGUCAACGAGAGCAGCCCAGACCUCUUCUGGGCGAUACGUGGCGCUGGUCACAACUUUGGUCUAGUUACUCAGGCUGAGAUCAAGAUCUAUGACAAGAAGCCAGUUGUGGAUGAAUGGGCUGUCAGCGGCUACUUCUUCACGCACGACAAGAUGGAAGACGUUGUAGCAGUCGCAAAUACCUGGAUGACGGCUGCUAACAGGUCGGUGAGCUUGGAACACUACGUUGUCUUCUCUUUCGAUCCCAAGGUAGACCCAUUGAACCCCAUCGUCAUCAUCUGGGUAAUUUACCAAGGUGUCGACACCGUUCCAGCCCAAUACACCGACCCCUUCGUCGCACUAUCGCCCAUCAACACCGACUCGGGCGUAACUGACCUCGCUGGCGUGAGCAAAUUCACCGGCGCCGACCGCGACGGCCCCUCCUGCACCAAAGGCUACACCCGCUCCCUCGUCCCCGUCUCAGCAGACACAUACGACACGCCUUCCCUGCGCAAAGUCCUCGACAUCAUGGCGACCUUUCCAGCCGAAUUCCGCAACUCAGCCGUCCUCCUCGAAAGCUACUCCACCAACCGCGUUGGUGAGAUCCCUAGCGACAGCACCGCAUACCCUGAUCGCGACGGCCAGCUCCUCUUCUCCCCUUUCAUGACAUACGACAAGAAUGCUAGUCUUGAUGCACUCGCGUGGAGCUAUGCGGGUGAGAUACGCGAUACGAUGAUUGAAGGGACGAACAAGCUGUAUGAGUCUUACAUCAACUAUGCGAGGGGUGACGAGACGACAGAGCAGUUGUAUGGGUAUGAGCCGUGGAGGUUGGAAAAGUUGAGGAAGCUGAAGAAGGAGUAUGAUCCUUUUGGCAAGUUCAACUUCUUUGCUCCCAUAUUGGGAGAAGAUGGACAGGCGUUGUAGGUUUGAGCCGUAUGGCUGAGAGUGGGCUGGUGUAUACUUUAAGCUUACGCGGCUUUUGCUCGGUGUAUACGAAGCUGCUGCAGGAAUCCAUUCGUUUACCAUACAGAUAGUACGGAAUUCUACUUCUCGCUUUGGUCUGUGUUCUGAUGCAUGUGCGAGUAGUCGCGCGUAGUCACCCUGUGAUCUGCGCUUAUUCAGGUGCUUACUGAGAGCUCAUUCCGCCACAUCCGCGCACUACAUUCCAUCCGGUCCAACCGCUUGAAUGCUAGAGGAUG